UACCCAGUUUGACCUGUGCGAGCACCCGUAUUAUCGACUUGUUACCAAGGCAGCCAGGAAGAAGCUGUGAAGGGAGCUGACCGAGCAGCUAUGGGCGUCCGGAAAGGCUGAGUACUAUUUUACAGCUUAGGCUGCCACCAUGGGCACCGCAUCCUCUCUGGUCAGCCCGGGAGAGGUGAUCGAGGAUGGGUACGGGGGUGAAGGUGGGGAAGCCUGUGAGAUCCCAGUGGAGGUGAAGCCCAAAGCCCGACUCCUGCGCAGUUCCUUUCGCAGAGGACCUCGGGUGAUCGGGGCCAGUUUCAAAUCCACAGGCUCUGUGGAUCUGGAGUACGCUGCCGAGUAUGAAAGACUCCGUAAAGAGUACGAAAUCUUCCGUGUCAGCAAGAAUAACGAGAUCUCAUCCAUGCAGAAGAAGGAGGCCAAGCUUGAUGAGGAGAACAAGAGACUGAGGGCUGAGCUGCAGGCUCUGCAGAAGACCUACCAGAAGAUCCUUCGGGAAAAAGAGAGUGCUCUUGAGGCCAAGUACCAAGCUAUGGAAAGGGCUGCCACCUUUGAACAUGACAGGGACAAAGUAAAACGACAAUUUAAGAUUUUCCGGGAGACAAAAGAAAAGGAAAUUCAGGAUCUCCUGCGGGCCAAGAGGGACUUGGAGGCCAAACUGCAGCAGUUGCAGGCUCAGGGCAUCCAGGUCUAUGACCCAAAUGAUUCGGACUCAGAUGAUAACCAAACCACUGUCACUGCUGCAGGGACACAGUGUGAAUACUGGUCUGGAGGUGUGCUGGGAAGUGAGCCCUCUAUGGGUAGCAUGAUGCAGUUACAACAGACCUUCCGGGGACCAGAGUUUGCUCACAGUUUGAUAGACGUGGAGGGACCCUUUGCAAAUGUGAGCCGAGAUGACUGGGAUGCUGCUGUGGCCAGUCUGCUUCAAGUUUCCCCUCAUGUGCCCCAGGCCUUAUGGAGUAACACAGUGCGGUGCUACCUAAUCUUUACCAAGGAGACCAAAGCUGAGCUUGAUAUCUUUAUUAAGAAACACUCUCCUGUGUUACGGAGAAUGUGUGAGGGUCUCGGCCAUUUCUUCCUGAACGUCUGCUUCCCAGAGGACAGUUCUGCCUCAUACACUGUGGAGCGCAAACAGGAGAUUGAAAGGAGCUCUGUGUGUGUUCUUCUGCUCAAUUCUACUGUCACAAGGUACAGUGCUAUACCUAUCCACACCAGGAUAUCCCCAUGUAGUCAAGAUUGUACAUUACUUAUAUUGUUUAUUUAUUUAUUUCUCAAUUUUCUUUAUUAUUGUUAUCCUCACAGAAUACAUUACACAGCUGGUAUUGAUUUCUUGGUUCACAGCUAUUGUCAAGAAAAAAAAAAAGAGGAAAACAUCAGCCCAUCAAAACAUAACUGUUACAGGGUGUCAUCAUGGUACAGGACAUUUUGUAUGUUUUUUUUGUUUGUUUUUUACAGGAUUGAGCAGCAGCAGAAGCAGUCCCCGAACACCUUGUUCCUUUAUCAUUUCGUCGGUCGGCCACUUUCUACAAGCUCAGAGCCAGUUCUCAUUAUCAAACGCCUCACAGUCAAACUGCUGCAGCACUUCUGGUCCAUUUCUGGCUUGUCCAUGGAGCCCAGUAAGAUCUUGGAGGAGUUUCCCCGCUGGCUUGAAAGACUAUCAGCACGGCAUCAAGGAAACAUCAUCAUCAUCAUUGACUCCAUUGACCAAAUACAACAAGCAGAAAGACACAUGAAGUGGCUCAUUGACCCACUCCCUGUUAAUGUCAGAGUGGUGGUGUCUGUCAAUGUAGAGACGUGUCCUCAAGCUUGGAGGUUGUGGCCCACACUCCACUUAGACCCACUGAGUCCCAGAGAGGUCAGAAGCCUUGUUAAUGCAGAGUGCCAGAGCAUGGAUCUCAAAUUUACCAAGGACGAGGAGAAGAAGCUGGAAAGGCACUGUCGCUCUGCAUCAACUUGCAAUGCAUUGUAUGUUACACUACUGGCAAGGAUGAUCAUCAGCAGUAUAUCAUGUUGGUCACUGGAGAAGAGCCUGGAGCAGUGUCUACAGUGUCAGGACACCAUGUCACUCUACCGCCAGGCGCUCAAGAUAACGCUGAACUCCCUCAACACAGACAGAGAGCGACACAUUAUGAGAGAGAUUCUGUGCCUUGUAUGUGCCAGCCAUAAUGGAGUGAGCGAAUCAGAGGUGCUAGAUCAUUUCCCAGAUGUGGAGUUUCCUGUCCUGUCCUCUCUGCUUUACCGUCUGAACAGACUCUGCAUUGUAACUCUCCGUUGUGGGCUCAUCAGGUUUCAGCACCUGCAGGCUUGGGAAGCUGUGAGGUUGGAGUUUCUGGGCGGAGGAAGCAGCUCUGCUGCUUACAGAGAGAAACUCAUACAUUACUUCAGUCAGCAACUCAGCCAGGACCGUGUGACUUGGCGUGUUGCAGAUGAGCUGCCCUGGCUUCUACAACAACAGGAGGAUAGGACUAAACUACAGCUUAGCCUCCUGAACCUGUUUGUCUCCCAAAACCUCUACAAGAGGGGUCACUUCUCUGAGCUACUAGCCUAUUGGCAGUAUGUGGGCAAAGACAAAAGCUCCAUGGCCACUGAGUACUUUGAGUCCCUGAAACACUAUGAGAAGAGCUGUGAGAGCGAAGAUGGCAUGACCAAGCUGGCAAACCUGUAUGAGACCCUAGGACGUUUCCUCAAAGACCUUGGUCUCCCUAGUCAGGCUGUAGCCCCCUUGCAGAGGUCCCUUGAGAUUAGGGAGACAGCCUUGGACCCGGACCAUCCCAGCGUCGCUCGCUCCCUGCACCAGCUGGCCGGGGUUUAUGUUCAGUGGAAGAAGUAUGGCAAUGCUGAGCAGCUGUACAAGCAGGCCCUGGAGAUAAGUGAGAACGCCUACGGAGCUGAGCAUGUCAGCGUGGCACGCGAGCUGGAGUCACUCGCCAUGCUGUACCAGAAACAAAACAAGUAUGAACAAGCAGAGAAACUUGGGAAGAUGUCAGUGAAGAUUCGUCAGAAGACUGCUCGCCAGAAAGGUCAUAUGUAUGGCUUCACUUUGCUGAGACGCAGAGCCCUACAGCUGGAAGAGCUGACCCUGGGAAAAGACUCUGCAGACUGUGCCAAAACACUCAAUGAACUGGGCGUCCUGUACUACCUCCAAAACAACCUGGAUGCUGCCAAGAUGUUCUUGACCCGCUCUCUGGAGAUGCGUCAACGUGUCCUCGGUCCAGAUCACCCAGACUGCGCUCAGUCACUGAACAACCUGGCUGCACUGCACACCGAGAGGAGGGAGUAUGAGACAGCUGAGGACAUGUAUGAGAGGGCGCUAGACAUCCGCAAGAAGGCCUUGUCCCCGGACCACCCCUCGCUGGCAUACACACUCAAACACCUGGCCAUGCUCUAUAAACGCAGAGGGAAGCUGGAAAAGGCAGUGCCGCUGUAUGAGCUGUCUCUGGAAAUCAGGGAAAAAAGUUUUGGGCCCAAACACCCCAGUGUGGCCACAGCUCUGGUCAAUCUGGCUGUAAUCUACUGCCAACUAAAGAAGCACAGUGAAGCCUUGCCUCUUUAUGAACGAGCGCUGAAAGUGUAUGAGGAUAGUUUGGGGCGCUCACAUCCACGUGUCGGAGAGACCCUAAAAAACCUGGCUGUGCUAAGCUACGAAGAAGGUGACUUCGAAAGGGCAGCAGAGCUUUACAAACGUGCAAUGGAGAUAAAGGAGGCAGAGCCAUCGUUGGUGUGUGGAAACGCCCUGUCCCGCCACUCCUCCAGUGGGGACACAUUUAGUCUGAGGGGACCUGCUGCCGUCCCACAUGCCCCGAGGUGACUCUGUUCAACCACUUAGUGCCACAGAACAAUAAAAGCUGUUUUGACAGCUCUAACUACCAUAGAAUAAUAAAAACAUCAGAUCCCCAUGGUUUUAUCAAAAAGGGAACAAUCCUGGUCAUCACACUGUGACUGUUGGAAGUUUAGGGUAUGGUCAAAUAUACUGUACCUGCCGUAUUAGUCUGUGAAACCUGUGUAUUUGCCAAAAGUAUUUAUAAAUAUUUUACAACAUAAGGAACUUUGAACUUCCUUUAAAUUAAUCAAUUUUUUUUUAUGGCCUGGAACUCAGGUUUACACUUGUGUUAACUCAGACUCAAACACUUAAUUUCUAUUUACAUGCCUCAAAUUGUAUAUCAUCAAAAUAGGAACAGAAUGGAAUGCCAUGAGGGUCUGACAUAACCUAACCAAUAAAACAUGAUUAAUAACCAGGCAUAUUCAAUGCUUUAUUGUACAGUAGAUAUUACUCUAUGCACUUUUUCAAAACUCAUAUUUUUGUGAAUUAAGGAUACAGGUUACAAAUUUGAUUUCAAAUGAAACCCCUAAAAUCCAGUAAACGGGGCUUCUCAGGCAUCUUUUACAGAAAUGAAAUAUGAACUAUUAAACAUUUUCAGUCUGAUCAUGCUGUUAUCUCUUACCAAACUUCUCAGACCUCAAAUAGAUUGUUUUCUACAUUCCAGAUUUUCUGAAUGAUUAUAGAAAGCCACUGUCUCUAAAAUCAAAUGUGCAUGUUGUGAAAAAUUGGUAUGUUUUAUAUGUUAAGAUACCAUUUGUUUACACUACAUAAUGUUUACCUACCAGUAUUAAGUAUAAGAGUAAUAAGUAGAAAAUGUAGAGCCCAAGGUAAUAGGUGUCCUCCUACAAUAAGACUAGACCAUAUCUGAGAAAACAUCACCUCUGGUACUGAUUUCAUGGUGUGCUUAUGCAAAACAAAAUUUCUGUUUAUUUAUUCAUUUACAAAAAGGAUUUGAAGGGAUUUGCUAAACCACGAUAGUACCACAUGAAUGUGCAAGUUGAAGUACGAAUAAAAUAAUGAUUUAUUGUC